AUGUCCGGGGCUCCUGACGAUGGGCAGUACGUGCCCGCCAUGAAGCUGAUGUGGGAUGAGGUGGACAGACGUUUUGACCCCAAGUAUGUCCUUGGAGAAGCCGGCCACCAGUUUUGCCAAAGCUAUUCUGUCAGAGCUGCGCAUCCUGAAUUUCCUUACGCUUUGCAUUGUCUUUCUUUGAUGUGUGCUUUGGCGAAUGGCGCGCGGGUCGCCAUCUUUGCCACAGCACCGUCGCCUCUGACUUUGGUAGCGGUCAAUGUCAACUAUGCCCAGACCAGAAAGUCUUCCAUGACUGGACACGCAGAGGCUUUGGGGCAAGAGUUGGACACAGUCAUCUUGGAGAAUGCGAUGUCCAAGCUGCAGCAGGAAAGCUUUGAGGAGGGAGCGGCUCAAGUCCUGAGGUAUUUGAAGCCAAGAAUCGCUUCUGCGACUGUUGCCAGCGCCACACCGGAAGAAUGGUUUCACCGUUGCUCUGCUGACUGGAACCAAGUCCGCAACGCAGACAAGCUGCCAGGAGAUUGGUCUGGGCGUUGCUGGUACGGCUUGCUAGGCAACUUUGAUGAAGCCUACGACUUCUUGCUGAGCCUUGGCCUGUUGUCCGACUCAAAUGCAACAACGAGAGAGAAAUCAAAAAGCAAAGUCAACCCGUACCAGAGCGCGUUCAACAAGCUCUUGCAAUUUGGGUCUAGUGCUCGUGCCACCAAGACGGCAGGGAGCUACGGUGAGAACCCUGGUAAAACCAUAAGCUUGGGCAUCACUUGCAACAUGCACCCGGCCUUCUACAUCCCAAUGGAGCGGGGCGAGCUUGGAAGCCACGCAGCCUCCACCAAGGAAAGGUUCCUCAUCUCCACUGGCCGCCCUGUUCAACCACAUGAGGACAUCCCCGCAGACUUUUGCUUGCCGGAAGGAGUCUCGCCAUACAGGUGGGUCCCCCUCACUCCUGAGAUUGCAGACCUCAUUGGGGUUGCUAAAGAAGCAACAUCGCCAGACGCAGCUGCCCAAGAAUGGGCAGAAGCUGGGCUUGAAGACGAAGCCGCGGCCCAACUCACCCAAAAUGCUGCCGGUGAGUAUGUGCCGUCGGAAGACGGCUACCUUGUCAGGCUCUUAGAUGACAAGCUGACCCGCAUCCGCUUCAGGCGAUCAGAGGCAGCCCCAAACGGCUUUGAAGCAGAGUGGAGGGUAGCGAACCGAAACUUUGCAAUCCCGGAGGUAUGCCGUUUGAGAAAUUGCGUGACUAGGGUGGCCACCUAUUUCGCAGCGCCACACCAAGUUAUCACUUUGACUUCGGAGGCUGAGUCAUGGCAUCUGUCUUACCAGGGAGCAAUGAAUGUCCAAAGCCACGUGGUUCGUGAUACUGGAGACAUCCAAGCUGGGGCUCGCUUCGGGGCGGCGCCUUGGCAAGUAGGGGUUUUAGCUGCUUUGCUCCUGGUCUUCGAAAUCUUUGUCGGCGCCCACUCCCCUGCAGCGCUGGAGGGGCGAGCUUUGCAGGUUACACCCGGGCACUUGCAGCGGGCGUACGCCUUGCUUCAAUUGGUGCAGCGUCUGAAGCACAUUGCCCUUGGAGAUGCAGCAGCCAGCCCAGACCUACCGCCGCCGCAGGAAGACGUCCGUGCGGAUGAUUUGGGCGCCUUGCGCAUCCCCUAUGUGCCUGAAGACUUUGCUUCGACCCAAGCUGGCGCAGGUAUUCCAGAGGUGGGCGAUGACGAAGAAGGUGACGAGGCUGCAGAGGAGUCGCCGGAGGAACAUGUGCCAGAACUGCCAGCACCAGUGGGCAAUCCAGGACUGCCGGAGCCAGAACCUUGCGCAGCCGUGAAACCUUUGACCCUGCAGGAUGUUCGAGCCAGUGAUUUUGGGUUUGGAGACAAUGGUGUCACUGUCCCUGACGGCUUGCAUAGCCGGAAUUUCACCGAUAGAACUGUUUUGAAGCAGACCCUUCUUGCUGGCAAACCGAAGAUCACUAGGAAAGAGGCUUGUGACAAGAUGCGCUUCGAACGAGGGCAAGGACGCAAAGCGCUUCCCAAAGAAAAAUGGGUUGCUGUCAUGAGGGCUGCAGCUUCCCAAUUUCCCGACUUGCUCCGCCUUGACGGAGAGAUUUUGUGUUUGAAAAUGAUUCCCGACACUGCAGCAGGCAAGGUCGCGUACCACAACGACCUCAUGAGAGCUUGCCGUCUAAGCCUGCGGGAGUUGAUUGCUGCUAUGGACAAAGCAGCUGAGAAGAAGGAAGAGCAUUUCUUCGCCAUCCAGCCCUCCUUCUUCUUGUGCAUCUUGGUGGCACAAGACUUGGGCGGAAAGCCUUGCAGGCGCUAUGAGCACCGGCAACUGCUUGGGACCUACAGAGUUUUGAGGACCUACGGCUUCUUGUUUGCAGGUUUCGAGCCAGACUUCUACUACUUCGAGUGUGUCUACAUGUUUCGCAAGCUGUGCUUCGAGUUUGUGAUGACCAUGCCCGGAAUGACCUCGGAGAACGAGGAGAUCUUGGGUCGCAUCAACAGCAGCAGUGUGGCCUUCGUGGCGUCGGUGUUCUUCGCGUUGCACAUGGCGUGCCAACCCUACGACAACAGGGAUUACUUCAUCCUGGAUCACAUCGAGACUGCCUCGCUGCGUGCCAUUUUGGUCACCGCCUUUCUGCAGUUGUGGUGUCUCAAUACGAAUGAGGCGGAUGGCAUCCUCCAUAACACGUGGCUUCGGGAGGUCCGGAACGUCAUCUGUACUGUCGUGAUCCUCUUAUUCCACCUCCGCUUCUUCUGGCUCUUCUUCUAUGGCAUCGCCCGCAGGAGGAUCCAAUCGUGCAUCUCUGCGUGUCGAGGCCGCGACUUUUCCCACGGCAUCGUCAAGUUCGUCCCAGAUGGCUUGCAGCUACACAACCUCAACGGGAAGGAGGAGAUGCUGUUGAAGACGCUGGUCUCCGAAAUCUUCGAUUUGCACAUGCAAGCGAAGAGGAAGAUUGCGUACGACCAAUGGUCAGGCAGUUUGCAGAUGUUAUGCCUGGAGGCCAGGCGUCAGCACAUCGAGAACGAACUGCUGGCACUGGACAAGGUGGGCAACACCCUGCGAUCCUGGAGGGAAAUCAGCCGCAAGCUCUUCCAUGGCUCAAGGGUGGGCCUCAUCUUUGAGAGGAUCUUCGAUCGCAUGGAGAGCGCCUAUGGUUUGGUGUCCAAGAGUGGCAGCUAUGAAAAUUCGAAGAAACAGAAGGACAAGGAAUUGGAGGACCUGAAGAUCUUCUGUGCCGACUCCUUGAACAAGAUCUUGAACAAAGAGUUCAGAGUCGACGAGUUGCAGGAUUCCAUGCUGAGUCUUGGGAAGAGCAUCUGCAACAACAAACGAAUUGGUGGUUUAGGAGAGAACAUGAAGGUAGAGGAUGAGACCAUGUCGCAAGCGUUGGAGUUCUAUGUUGGGCCGUUGGACAUGGACGAACAUGUGGCCAUCGCCAUACAGGAGCGCGCCAACAUCAAAGAGGUCACCGAGCUUCGCAAGGAGGUUGACGAACGGCAAACAGAGUGUGCCGAUCUGCGGCGGCUCCUGGGUCAGUACCGCGCCCAGCGAAAGCAGGGGCUGGGGACGGACGAGGAGCGCCCAGUGGACGAUCCCCGGGCAGAGCGACUGGAGGAGCUGGAAGUGCAGCUGAAGAAGAGCAUGGAGGCUCUUUCGGAGGCACAGGAGGAGCGCGACAAAACUCAGGCGGAGGUGUAUCGACUUCAGGGAGAUCUGGACAAAGAGGGCGAUCUCAAACAGGAGGCCAAAGGCGUCAUGGAGGAGCAGCAGUCCAAGAUCCAUUCCCUGGAGGAACAGCUGAGGAAGCUGCAGCAGCAUCGCAUCAGUUGUUGGUCAUGCCACACCAAGUUGCCGGAGGACGCGCAGUACUGCUACACGUGCGGGAAGGCGCUACAUGACGAGCUGUAAGCGGGCAGACGUGUGCCGCUUUGUGGUUGGAAGGUUCCCAGCUGCGACGUAUCCUCUCGGCAUACUUCAAUGGUUCCCAAAGAAUGGGGGAUUGAGCCAACCUGAGG